AUGGAGGAUAGGCUAGUGUGGUUGGAUUCUUCUGAUGGGAACUUAUCUUUAUCUAUAGCCUAUGAGUUGAAGAGGAGUAAACAAGCAAUUGUUCCUUGGGAUAGAUGGGUUUGGCGUCAGUGUUUUCGCCCUCGCAACUCUGUUACGUUAUGGAAGUUUCUUCAUGUCACUACUCUUUUCUUGGAUAUAUCCGCUUUCUUCUCUUACCCAUUACAGCAUGGUUUUGGUACUCAAUUGCAAUUGCUUUGGUGGGGGAUGAUGGGAGCUGGCUUCUACUCUCUUUGGAAUGCUAGAAAUUCUAUUCGUUUUGAUGAGCGUCGCUUAACGGUUGAUUAUUUGAUUCACUCUAUCAAGCUGCAACUUCGAGAGGUUGACUCUUGGGGUUUUGGAAUUAUGCGUAACUCAGUAGAUGAGCUUUGUAUUUUUAGUGCUCUUGGAAUCAGUGGUAGAGCCUCAAGAACACAUCAAAUUCAUGAAGUAAAUUGGCUUGCUCCUUCUGCUUUUCAAUUAAAGGUUUAUACUGAUGGUGCUGCUCGUGGGACGCCAAGGCUUGCAGGCUAUGGAGGUAUUUUUCGUGAUCACUUGGGCAAUUUUAUGGGUUGUUUUGCUGGUUCCAUGGGUAUUGCUAUUGCUCUAGAAGCAGAGCUUCAAGCCAUUAUUCAUGCAGUUACAAUAGCAUCAGGAAAAGGAUGGAAUUCUCUCUGGAUUGAGUGUGAUUCCGCGAUGGUUAGAGAACUGAUAAAAGUAGGGAACCUCUUGCAGGGAGCAUCAGGCUUGGGAAAGACAAUGGCAUCAGAGGAACAAAGCGUAGAGAGAAUUACCUUAGACAGUUCCAAGAGUUUGAUAGUGAAAAAAUUUGCCAAGUGUUUAAGUGAAAAUGAAUUGCAGGGAGAAUUGUGUUGUAUUAUUGAUAAUAGGAGCCCUUUAUAUAGGGACUUACAGAGUACAUGA